GUGCUAGGAAAAUAAAAGUCAUAAAAUUUCAUAAGGAUCUAAUAAUAAACAACUCCGAAGGACAAGCGGGAAAACUUAGUUUUAUACUUAAACUUACUGCAGUUGACGAAUUAACCAGCAAAUGCAAUUUAAACGUCUAGUGUUUCUCAUUUGAGAUGAUGAUCAGUGAGAGGAUACUAACGGAUGACAGAGAUGAGGCAGACAUACAGAAGCAAGCACGCGAAAGUGAAUUACUGUAAUGAGCCUCAUGUGAAAGUGAAGGAGACUGAACACAGAUUCCAGACAGACGUACAGAUUCAGAGGAGAAACACAGACGACUUCAUCAGGUUUCCACGAAGCUCGUAUGGGGCGCUGCAGGGUGCUGGAGCACACAGUGGCUGUGAGUGUUUUUGUUGGACUUUGUCCUGUAAGGUACACAGAUUCUGUCCUAAUGUGGAGAUAGGGAGAGACAGACGGACGGACGGACAGUCUUCUGUGAUCCUGCAUGAGUGGCCUGAUUUCAGGAGAUGGAGAAAAAGACCAAAAUUAAGCAAAUGCCGGACAAAGACCCCAAUGAUGCCAAAGCUCCAUCUGAACAGCGCCUGACCGUCGGUCUGAUUAGUGCUGCAUUCUUUGGCUCUCUGGGUUCGUCCUUCCUGUAUGGCUAUAAUCUGUCUGUGGUCAACGCACCUGCCACUUAUAUAAAGACCUUCUACAAUAAAACAUGGAUGAGUCGGUAUAAUGAGCCAAUAGGAGAUGAGACAGUCACUCUACUGUGGUCCAUCACAGUGUCUAUCUUUGCCAUUGGUGGACUGGUGGGGGCGCUGAUGGUCUCUUUACUCAUCAAGGUGUUGGGCAGGAAAGGAUCACUUUUGGCCAAUAAUGUUCUCGCACUGACUGCUGCACUCCUAUUGGCUCUUGGGGAGACGGCUGGCUCUUUUGAGAUGCUCAUUAUUGGUCGUUUCAUCAUUGGCAUGGACUCAGGUGUGUCUUUGAGUGUUUUGCCAAUGUAUCUAGGUGAGAUUUCACCCCGGCAAGUACGUGGUCUCAUUGGUCAGUUUCAUGCCAUUUUCAUCUGUCUGGGUGUUUUUACUGGACAGGUGUUGGGCUUACCUGAAAUAUUUGGACAGGAAAGCAGAUGGAACUUCCUCUUCGCAUUCCUGGCUGUUCCUGCACUGCUGCAGUUGUGUGUCCUUCCCUUCCUGCCCGAGAGUCCAAGAUUUCUGCUGAUAGAACGACGGGAUGAGGCUCGAGCGGAGAGAGCAUUUCAGGUUUUUCUGGGUCGUAAAGAUGUGUCUCGUGAGCUGGAGGAGGUCCAUGCUGAGAGUCGAACUCAGAACACGCAGCGGCCGGCGUCUGUGCUGGAGCUCUUUCGAAAGCGAGCGGUCCGCUGGCAGCUCAUCACUGUCAUCGUGGUCAUGAGCUGUUACCAGCUCUGUGGACUCAAUGCUAUCUGGUAUUACACUAACGGGAUCUUUGAGGAUGCUGGUUUCAAAAAGUCCCUUAUUCCAUACAUCACGCUCAGCACGGGCGGCAUCGAGACGCUGGCAGCCAUCGUAUCGGGUUUAGUGAUAGAGAAAGUUGGUCGCAGACCGUUAUUAAUUUUUGGCUUUUCAGCGAUGGCCGUUUGCUUCAGUCUUCUGACAGUCUUCCUGAAUUUCCAGGAUCGAUUCUCAUGGAUGCCAUAUCUCAGUUUUGUCUCCAUCCUCGCUCUGAUUGCUUCCUUCUGCUCUGGCCCAGGUGGCAUCCCAUUUGUUUUGACUGGUGAACUGUUUGAACAGACGAAUCGUCCGGCCGCGUUCAUGAUCGCUGGAACCGUGAACUGGCUGUCAAACUUUGCUGUAGGGUUGCUCUUCCCCUUUAUACAGGAGGCGCUGCAGACGUUUGCCUUCCUGCUCUUUGUUGUGGUGUGUGUGGCGGGUGCAGUUUAUUUGUUCAUCAUUCUACCAGAGACCAAAAACAGAACUUUUAUGGAGAUCAGCCAAAGUUUUGCCAAAAUCAAUCGAGUCUCAGAUCAGACUCCUGACACGGAGAUGCAGGGGGCUCUGGAGUGCACCGGACACCUGCCGCCCGACACACACGCUGCCAACGGGGUUAAAUAUGCCUGUGUGGAAAUGGAAAGCUCCUUCUGAUGGAGCGAUCAUGGUCCAUGAUAGCACAAUCUCACAACAUUCAUCCAGAGCCAAUCUGACUUUACAAGAUUCAAAUAAUCAUCAGUAGAUCUUCAUUUUACGUCAUAAUUUCUCUUUAUUUUAGUCUUUUUUAUUUGACAGUUUAAAUGAAAAACAUUUUCAGCAUUUUAUUCUUGAUAUGACUCUGUAAUGAUUAAAUUCCUCAGAAAACACAGCGUUUACCUUAAUGCUUUCUAUGUUGUUUUUGAAUGCGUGUUUAUGUGGUAUGUGUUAUAAAUACUGAUGGUCGUUUAAUCUCCAUCAGUCCUGACUCUAAAAUUAUUGUGGUGACACUUAGACUAAAAACUCGUCCAUUCCCGUUGUGUGUAGGUGAGACGUUACACUGAAGAGCCAAAAGAUUGGAAUAAUGUACAGAUUUUGCUUUUUUGGAAGGAAAUUGGUGCUACUGUUCACCAAAGUGACAUUGAGCUGAAGUCAUUGUAUUGUCAGAACUUCGCUGAUGUAAAACAAACACCACAUUUAAAAGACAUUUAUCAUUAAAGGUGCCAAAGAAUGCAUUGAAAUAAUCUGUUAAAUUGUUCUUUGAUAUUUAUAUAGAAGGUAUGUAACUUUAUUAAGUGCACAAAUGAUCCAGAAUUGUACAACCCUAAGAUUCGUCCUUAGAAUAAAAUGGUCUAUUUUUGCCCUUUUUGGAAGGGUCAUGAAUAGUAUUGAGCUCUGCUCUGAUUGGCUCUGCUGUGAGGCUCAUGCCAGUAGCUCACAUUAGUAAACAUAUCUUAUAAAGUACGGACUGCAAACAUAACCGUAACGUCAAUAGUAGAACUUCUGCCUAAACGUUAGCAUAUAGCAUUAACUCGUUCACCGCCAAUUAAGAGAAAACGCUUCCCCGCCAAUGACGACAUAUUCCGUAUUUCCGCAAUACCGCUAUUUUCCACUAGGUGGCGCACUUCCGCAACUUAUACAACCCAGAAGAAGCGCCUCACGUGAAAGAGAAAGAACUCUGUGUAUGUUUUAAAGAUCGCUCUGCAUCUGAUAUCUAUCAAAAAUCCUUCGCAAAAAUUGAAUUAUCUCAGCUUUUUGCUUUUUGAAGAAACCUACCCAUGUUUGAGAGGUGAUUACAAGUGAACUUAUGAAGGUAGAAUGAAACGGGGUUUUUUUGUUUGAAAGCAGAGGGUCUGUUCUUUCAUCUGAUAUAUUGUUUGUUUAUAUAUUUAAAGAAGAACAUUUUCUGGAAGGCAUUAAACUUUUGUGAAAAUCAUGAAAAAUGCUGGCGCUGGCUGGCAACUUUUUUUUAAAAAAUGCUGGCGGGGAAAGAGUUAAUUAGCAUUUAGUGCUUACUCAGCAGUUACAACUUUGUUUUCAGCAUUGUAACAACAACAUUGUAAUUAAUUUAAUGUUGGGGCAUACAUCUCAACUGUAACGUCACAGUCGGUGUAAUCUUGAGAUUGUUUUCCAGCGAUCUUUUGCAUGCACAAUGUUUACAUAAGAAUGAGGAAACAAACGCAUUUGAGGUGCAAAAUAUGUCAUUACUAUGUACACAACUCUUAUAUUAAUCUGUGCCAGGGUAUAUACAGUUUAUUAUUCAAUGGCACCUUUAAGUGGUUUGAUCAUAGAAGCUUAAUGUUUUUUUAUUUGUUUGUUUUUUAUAUAGAUCCAAUAGACUGGCAUGUCUUAAGGUCUAUAUUAGGCCAAAAUAAACAGCUUUCUCUAGAAACUCAUCAGUCAAUGAUUAUUUUGAGGAUUGAAGGCUGUACUUUUGCAAAGAAGAAUUAUAAGCAAAUUUAUACAUGGUUAAAUUUACAAAAAAGAAAAAUAAACCAUUGUGAAUAAACCAUCAAUAACCCUUGCA